CUGAGAGACACUUUUACAUUACUCACUUUUUUCAGUAGACAUACGGGAAGCAUUUUAGGAGAUGCUAUCGUGUGCAGAAGGAAAUGCCUUCUAUUCUUCCAGAGUCAUGCGGCGAAGACCAUGGCGAGUACAUGGACGACACGACUCGCACAAGCUUUACAGUAUCAUGACGGAACUCGAUUCACACUUGCUCUGGGCGAGUCGCCAUCCAAGGACGGCUUCCACCCACCCGCCAAAAACUUAUUCAAGAUGAGAUGGAACUGCACCUUAGAAAAAGAGGCGAGAGCCUUGACCAAAGAUUGUCCCAAGAACGUAUCAGGCGCACCAGAAAAUGGAAUGAAUCUUUUCCACGGCAAUGUAACAGGCACUAAACAAGGAAAGUACAAUUUCCUAAGCGAUGCAGUAGACGCGUGGCUUUACGAAUCGGAUCGCCUUCCUAUGGGACCUAACGCUACCUUUAAUGACACGAGAAUGUACUCUUUCGCCAAUGUGAAGCUACACAUUCAGAAUAGUUCCUUCUACGAGGAUGGCUUACCAGAUGAUUUACGAAGUCGGUUGUCACUACGAACAGUGUGGCUCAACCAAAGCUUCAGUUCUCUGCAUCUACAACACCAGAGUUCCCCUAAACGUGCAGCUGUACGAAAUAGGAAGCUGGAACCAAACUAUUGCGGUUGUGCAUGGAAUAACACUGUGUGUGAAUUUAUUAAGCUCCCUGAACCGGAAAAAAUCGAAUGUGAAGAUCUUCUGUGCAUGUUGCCCUACAGGGUUAAGAGCAGAUACCUCUGA